UAUUUUUAGUAGACACAGGGUGUCACCGCGUAAGCCAGGAUAGUCUCGAUCUCCUGACGUCGUGAUCCGCCCGCCUCGGCCUCCCAAAGUGCUGGGACUACAGGCGUGAGACACCGCGCCCGGCCAACCUCAUUUUCUUUUCGGGAGUCCCCUCUGUUAUUUAGCGAGACACACUACUACAAUGGAGAAAAAAGAUACCCCCUCCUUCAAGCCGUGAGAACUUCAGGACUUUGGCGAAAAGUCUGCGCCUUAAGAGACCCAGGAAGGAUUCUUGGAAUCGUAGUCCACAGGCAUCCCGUCUUCUGCGCAAACUCACAAGUCCCUGUGGACGGAAUCCUUGAAGUGUAGCGCCGCUCAGUCCUUCCACCGGAAGUGUCCGAUCGGAAUCAGCCCUGUCCGAGAGGUGAGUCCGGGUUUGGGGACCCAGAUGUCCAGCCCCAUGUCCCCCUCCAAACAUCCAGUCCCUCUCAUAUCGCCUUUGAAAUUAGCAGCCUCUGGGUGAGCAGACCUUGGCCCUCAGAGGAAUCCCGGAGAAAGGUGGAACCAGCUUCGGCGUUGGGAGGGCAGGCGCGCUUACGUAUUGAGGGUUUGGCGGUCUCCAUAGUUACCUCCGCCGCGCGUGACGUCAUAGUGGAGCGCUGAGAGGGCGUGGUGGCGUGGGGUGGGGGCUGUCCUGCUGAUCCUGAAUUUGGGGUCACUGGUAAGAGGAGUUGCCCAUUCCAGCCAGGUGGAACGGGGAGUGCCAAAUGUCUCGGAUCUGCCAUUGUCUGCCAAAAGAAACUACUGCGAGGACCACCCCCAAUCCCCUGCUUCCCUUGAGAAGAGUAACCGCCCUUUUGUAGGACACUUGGGGACAACCCCGGCUUGUCCUGAAAUUUAUUGACACGGUAAAUAGUAUUUCCUCUGUGCCGAGGAUGCAGUGAAGCCAACACUGACCCCCUGCCCUUGAGAAACACAAGAUGGCUACAGAAUCAAAGAAAGCUGCAGCCCAGAACUCUCCAGAGGAUGAAGGACUUCUGAUAGUGAAGAUAGAAGAGGAAGAAUUUAUCCAUAGGCAGGACGCUUGCUUACAGAGAAGUGAACUCCUUAAGCAGGAGCUCUGCAGGCAGAUUUUUAGGCAGUUCUGCUACCAGGAUUCUCCUGGACCUCGUGAGGCACUGAGCCGGCUCCGGGAGCUCUGCUGUCAGUGGCUGAAGCCAGAGAUCCAUACCAAGGAACAGAUUCUGGAACUGCUGGUGCUAGAGCAGUUCCUGACCAUCCUGCCGGGAGAUUUGCAGGCCUGGGUGCAUGAACAUUACCCAGAGAGUGGAGAGGAGGCAGUGACCAUACUGGAAGAUUUGGAGAGAGGCACUGAUAAAGCAGUACUCCAGAUUCAAGCCCGUGAACAUGGACAAGAAAUAUUCCAGAAAAAAGUGUCACCUCCUGGACCAGCACUUAGUGUCCAGUUACAACCAGUGGAAACCAAGGCCCAUUUUGAUUCAUCAGAACCCCAGAUCCUAUGGGACUGUGAUAAUGAGAGUGAAAACAGUAGAUCCAUGCCAAAGCUGGAAAUUUUUGAAAAAAUGGAAUCACAGAGAAUUAUAUCUGGAAGAAUCUCAGGAUACACAUCGGAAGCAUCUGGUGAAUCUCAAGACAUCUGUAAGUCUGCAGGCAGGGCAAAGAGGCAAUGGGAAAAAGAAUCAGGGGAGUCUCAGAGACUAUCAUCUGCCCACAAUGAAGGUUUUGGUAAAAUCCUCACCCACAAAAAUGCAGUCAGAGGUGAAAUAAUAAGCCAUGAUGGAUGUGAGAGGAGAUUAAAUCUGAACUCAAAUGAAUUCACACACCAGAAAUCUUGUAAACAUGGUACCUGUGACCAGAGCUUCAAAUGGAACUCAGAUUUUAUUAACCAUCAAAUAAUUUAUGCUGGAGAAAAAAAUCACCAAUAUGGAAAAUCUUUCAAGAGCCCAAAACUUGCUAAACAUGCAGCAGUUUUCAGUGAAGAUAAAACUCAUCAGUGUAAUGAAUGUGGAAAAGCUUUCAGGCACAGCUCAAAACUUGCUAGGCAUCAGAGAAUCCACACUGGAGAGAGACGCUAUGAAUGUAAUGAAUGUGGGAAAAGCUUUGCAGAGAGCUCAGAUCUUACUAGACAUCGGCGAAUUCACACUGGGGAAAGACCCUUUGGUUGCAAAGAAUGUGGGAGAGCAUUCAACCUGAACUCACAUCUUAUCAGGCAUCAGAGAAUUCACACUAGAGAGAAACCCUACAAGUGUAGUGAAUGUGGGAAAACCUUCCGAGUGAGCUCACAUCUUAUUCGACACUUUAGAAUUCACACUGGAGAAAAACCCUAUGAAUGCAGUGAGUGUGGAAGAGCCUUCAGUCAGAGCUCAAACCUUAGUCAACACCAGAGAAUUCACAUGAGGGAAAACCUAUUAAUGUAAGGAACUUAAAUUUGUAUGUAAAUGCUGAGGAAAUGGCACAAUAUGAAAAAUAUUAAAUAAAAAAUAAAUAUUGGGCAAGAUGGAAGACUGAAA